AUGUCUGUCAAAGGUGAUUCUCCCUCAUCGACAAAUGCCAGCAAUAGUCCGAAGUCUACGUAUUCAAUACAAUCAGAUGAUAAAGUAAACCUUGGUAGUGGCAACGUCGAUAUACGUACAGAUAAUCCACAACAAGACAAUAGUAGGCGUGACAUUGUGGUAGUGACGAGGGUAGCCUCUGAGGAGACUUUGGAGUCACAAUCGUCUACUUCGUCAAUGGGGAUUAGACCAGAAUCAUCCUUCAAUUAUGAGGAUGCCUCCAACCAGGCCAGAGUUGAGAUAAAUAGUCGGGCACAUGGCUCAAACAUGAACACAAUUAACAAAUAUAAUCCAGUACGAUUCCCAAAGAAUAACGAAAGGCAAUUUAGCGAGACAAACAAUUUGAAUGAGAAAGUGCAAGGUGCUCAUACAGUUCAAUCAUCUACCCAGGAAGACAAAAUACUCGAUGGUGACAAAAGUAAUCUACAAGUGACUCCGUCUUUGAACAUUGCAGAGUUCCCUACAGACAAGCUUCUUAAAAUGCUGACAGCCUUAUUAACUAAAAUUAUUAAAUCAAAUGAUAGGACAGCAGCGACAAAUCCUAGUUUGACACAAGAGAUUGAAAACGGCAGGUGUCUCGCACUAACUGAGAAUGAAAAGAAAUAUUUAAGCCCUGUACUGGGGUUCAGAGGGAAGCACGUACCACAAAUUGGCCUUGACCAAUAUUUUCAGAGGAUCCAGAAGUAUUGCCCCACAACGAAUGAUGUAUUUUUAUCGCUCCUCGUAUAUUUCGAUAGAAUAUCCAAAAGAUGCAAUAGUGCUACUACGACGCCUAAAACUAAUACUGCAAAACGUGAUUCAACCUCCGAUGGAUACUCCCUAAAUAAAGCUAAUAGGGGCGCCGACAAAAUGUCCGCAUGUAACAGUAACGAAAAUAAUGAAAAUAACGAUUCAGAUGACGAAAAUACAGACGUUCAAAAGGAUUCAAGGCCACAUCCUCAGAUGUUUGUGAUGGAUUCACAUAAUAUUCACAGAUUGAUCAUAGCUGGUAUCACCGUAAGUACGAAGUUUCUGAGCGAUUUCUUCUACAGCAAUUCGAGAUACUCAAGGGUAGGAGGUAUAUCUUUACAAGAACUCAAUCAUUUGGAGCUGCAGUUCCUGGUUUUGUGUGAUUUUGAACUUUUAAUAUCAGUCAAUGAAUUGCAGAGAUACGCGGACUUAUUAUACAGGUUUUGGAAUAACGCAAAAGCCCAAUCACAGGCACUAGUUACGAGCAUGUAG